AAGUAAUAUGUGGUGGUUUUUUGUAACAGCCUUUCUAAUACCAGCAACUGUAAGCUCAGAAGAACUCACCAGGACAAGAAGAGAUGGGAAUCCUGAAGCUUAUAUGAAUGUUAGUCAAAUCAUUUCCUUCCAAGGAUACCCCAGUGAGGAGUAUGAAGUCUUGACGGAUGAUGCUUAUUAUUUAACAAUAAACAGAAUUCCCUGUGGAAGAAAAAAUCUUAAAUGUAGAGGUCCAAAGCCUGUUAUACUACUGCAACAUGGAAUAUUUGCAGAUGGUAGCUAUUGGGUUGAAAAUAUGGCCAACAACAGCUUCGGUUUCAUAUUGGCGGAUGAUGGCUAUGAUGUUUGGCUAGGAAACAGCAGAGGAUCAAGUUGGUCUCAGAGACACCAAAAGUAUUCAACUGACAAAGAGGAAUUCUGGAACUUCAGUUUCCAUGAAAUGGCCAUGCAUGACCUUCCAGCAAUAAUAAACUUUAUCCUACAGAAAACCCAGCAGAAGCAAUUGUACUAUGUUGGCUAUUCUCAAGGUGCUUCUAUUGGUUUCAUAGCAUUUUCCGCCAUGCCAGAGCUGUCUCGAAAAAUCAAAAUGUUUUUUGCCUUGGCACCUGUGAUUUCUCUUAAGCAUACUCCAAACCCUUCAUUAAAGUUAUUAUUCUCCCUUUCUGAAAACGCCAUCAAGGGACUAUUUGACUCCAAAGAUGUGGUUAUUUGGAACAAGCCAAUGAGAGAGUUUAUCAUCGAGCUAUGCAGGAAUCCAUGCAUGCAGAACAUAUAUGGCCAUUUGCUGUUUUCUUCGGGUGGAUUCAAUGCCACAAAUUUAAAUAUGAGUCGAAUGGAUGUAUAUGCAGCUCGAUAUCCAGGUGGUUGCUCUGUUAAAAAUGUUCUACACUGGCAAUAGGUGGGAAAGUCAGGUUCAUUCAGCUUUUUUGACUAUGGGGAUGAGAAUCAAGCAAAAUAUAAUCAGCCCUCUCCUCCUUUAUAUAAAAUUAAAGAUAUGACAGUGCCAACAGCAGUAUGGUCUGGAGGAAAUGACUUGGUGGCAGACCCAGAAGAUGUAAAGGUGUUACUUUCUCAGAUCAGCAACCUCUUUUACCAUCAUCAUGUUUCUGACUGGAACCACUGGGAUUUCAUCUGGGGUCUCAAUGCUCCCCGGCGCAUGUACUCUAAAAUCAUCAAGUUCAUGAGGAAGUCUUUAUAAAGAAAUUUUGACACAGUAGAUUUUAUUUUUGGUCAUAACACAAAUGUACUUUAUGCAGAGAUUUUGGGGAACAAUGUUAUGGUGGGGGUGGGGCUUAAAAAAGCUUAAGGUACUAAAACCUAUUGGGAAAACUGUAAGAAGAAAAACAACAAUAAUCUGUUUUAUGAGCCACCAGCAAGUAGGCCUAGACUCUUCCAAGGGU